AUGUGGCCAUUAGCCAAAGCCCGACAAGCUGUAGAUGCUAUGGUAGCCACAGGUCUUGCAGCUGCUGGAUAUCAAUAUGUGAAUCUGGAUGAUUGUUGGCAAUUGACUCGAGAUAGUCAAGGUAUUAUUCAUCCUGAUCCUCAAGCUUUUCCAAGUGGAAUAUCAGCUCUUGCUGAUUAUGUUCAUUCAAGAAAACUUAAAUUUGAUCUUUAUUCAGAUGCUGGAUUUAUGACAUGUGCUAAACGACCUGGUUCACUUGAUUAUGAAACAAUAGAUGCUAAUACAUACGCAUCUUGGAAUGUUGAUUAUUUGAAAUAUGACAACUGUAAUACAGAUGGAACUAUUCCUGAAGUUCGAUAUCCAGACAUGCGAGAUGCUUUAAAUGUUAGUGGACGACCUAUCUUCUUUUCUAUAUGUGUAUGGAGUGUUGAUACACCUGCCUUAUGGACAGCUAAUGUUGGAAAUAGUUGGCGAACAACAGGUGAUAUUCGAGAUAAUUGGGAUUAUAUGAUGUUUAAUAUUGAUUUUAACAAUAACUUUGCUGAUAAAGCUGGACCUGGCGGAUGGAAUGAUCCUGAUAUGCUUGAAAUUGGAAAUGGUGGUAUGACUGAUGCUGAAUAUGUUACACACUUUGCUCUUUGGGCUAUUAGUAAAGCACCUUUACUUAUCGGAUGUGAUGUAACUAAUAUGAGUGCAGCUACUUUAUCUACUCUAACUAAUCCUGAAGUAAUUGCUGUUAAUCAAGAUCCAUUAGGUGUACAAGGAAAAAAAGUUGCUUUUGCAUUAUCACAAUUCCAUAAUGUAUCAACUGAGAUCGUUGUUGCAAAUUGUUCAACAUCAUCAAAAAUAGAACCAAAACGUCUGCAAUGGACUAGGGGUGUGGGUGUGGGUGGGUGUGGCUGUGGGUGUAUGGGUGUGCAUGUGGGCGUGAGCCUUCCUUUUCCAAACCCACACCCACACCCAAUAUCAAACAAGCACAUAAACAUGUUACGAACGAUGGAAGCAUUAUAAACAAAAACAACGGUAUGUGUCUUAGGCCCCAAUUACGCCAAAAAAUGAAUUAACACUAAAGUUGAAUGAAGUUAUAUGAUAAGUGCAGUAUGAGUUAAAUCACCUUCAAAAGACGACCUAACUCAUAAUGCGCUAAUCACAUUACUUAAUUCAGCUUUAGGUUAAGUCACUUAUUCAGUGUGAUUCUCCAAGUAGACAAAGAGUUGGUAAAACGUAUUUAAACGUAUAAAAAGAAAUCGUGAUUUUUACCUUUUUAACACUUUAAAAGCGAUAAUUUGGUGCCAAAAAUGGCGUUUCUGAUGUUUUAAUAAAUAGGAUGAAUUGUUCACAAUCGCAGUUCUCUUUUUUAUGUUUAAACAUACGUUCUUCCAAAAUUCUGUCUGCUUUGAUGAGACCUAAAAUAAGAUGUGUACAAUACAGGAAAUGUGUCUUGUUUUUUUGAGACACAUAUGCAUCUAAACAGACAAAUAUGUCGUUUUAUUAUAUGACUCGACCUAUAUUCACUUAAAUUAAACAACCAUGUAUUUAUAUUUACUUUCUUUCUUGGUUUUGUUAAUUUAUUUUCGUAAGUCAUCUGAACCGUUACUCUUUGUGAUAAAAUUAAAUUAUUUUAAUCUGUAUGGUUCAGAUGGUAAUGCAUUUUUUUUCUUUAAUGUAUUAUUUGUCGAGUUAUUAACUUGCUAUUAUAUUUUUAUUCUUAAAUUGAACAGAUAAUAUGCUUGUUAUCGUGCAUAUGAGCAUCAGUCAUGUUUCUACUCAAAAAUUACUUUGAGCGCUUGUUGAGAAUAAAAAGUAAAAUACGUAUUAAACUAACUAUAAAUUCAAUAUUAUGACAUUUUAAAAACUUUAUACGAUUUUUUCUCUAUUGAGUUUUAUUUUUGUAGUUUUUUACUCUUAAAUAAUUCUUUAUCUAUAUAUGUAUAAAUGAAACAAAAUAUUAUUCUUCAGAUGAUACUAUAAUUGGUGAUAUUAGUUUCAUAGAAAUAUGUUUUAUGAUGUGAGUUUUUCUGAAAAAUGUUUUAACGAAUAAUGCAAAUAUAAUUCAAGUUUAGCAUCUAAAUGUAAAUUUUGAUUAAUAAUUUUGCAGUCUUUUCCAUAAGAGGCAUUACGCUUAAGCCACGCCCGAUGUUGCACAAUCAAUGUCAUCGAUUUGACCGAUAUUUUUACAAUAAGUAGAUCUAACAAAGUUAAGAAGAAAUUGAAAAUUUCAGUUCAAGCAAAUAAAGUAUUCUGGAGAUAUAGGCGCUGUAAGUAUGAGCGGCUAGGCUAUAUUUCGAAUGUCUUCCACAGUAAAGGUUUCCAGUAAGUAUUCAUUUUCUAAAAAAACAUUAGAGUUUGAGUUGAGAUUUUUUUUACCAUAAAUGCUAUUGACUAUGAGCUAUCUUUCGAUGGUAAUAAAAAGUUUCUCAUCUCUGAAUAAUUAUUGCCUGGCAUCAUCUACCAUUUUCAGGAAACAUGCUCACUAACAUAAGAUAAGUUAGUCGGAUUAGCGAGAUGGAUUUACUCGAGAAUAAUCUCAUUUAAUAGACCACAUCAAAAUGUAUUUAGUUAUGCACUCAAAAUUGUGAAAAAUCUUUGCCUAGAACAAAUGAUUGUGCUCGAUGUUUUUUAAUAUAUCAUUAGUAUAAAUUCUUACUUUUAGGAAAGUAACUCUAUAUUCUAAUACUCCAUAGAUUUCUCUACAAUCUUUUAUAUAAAAAAUUUUGAAUUACGAUUAUUCGCUAAGAAAAAUUUCUAGUACAUAAAGAUAGCUUUAAAAUCAAAUUUCUAGAAUUCCACGUUGUGUUCUUUUUUCAUUUAAUAACUGAAAUCGUUUCAGUUAAAGAUAUUAAGUUUUAUAGAAAAAGUGUUCUACAUUCUGACAGAGUGUAAAAUUCUGCAUAUUUUUAUUUUUUUUGUUUUACAGAAGGCAAAAGACAUGAAUAGGUACCGAGUUGCAAUUACAUUUCUUGCACUAUGAGACAAAACUAUCAAAAGUCUGUUCAUAUCUAUUAGGUUUUAUUGUUAUUAAUCGAUAUGGCAGUUAAAUAAACAACAGAUUCGGAGUCAAUGCAAAAAAAGCCACAUUAGAUUUUAUAUUUUAAGCGAAAACAAUUUUUUUACGAAAGAUCGACCUGUGACCCACUCAGCUUAUUCUCUUUCAAAAACAUGUGAGUCGAUGCAGUUUUCUACACUGAUUCCAAAUAUAUUGUUUAUUUUGCUCACAGAUUGUGCUUUAAUGAUUAAAAAUUCGAAAUACAAAUAAAAUUUGAAGAGUUUUAUCAUAUAGUGCAUUAACUGUGGUUCCUACUGAAUAUCCAUGCACGUCUUUUUUUCGUUUUAGAAUUAUAUAUUAAAAGAUGCAGAAUUUCACGCGCUAUCAAAAUAUAUAAUUCAUUUUCUAAAAAUGGAAAUUUAUACUAACAAUAUAUAAAACAAUAUCCAAUGCAAUUUCUUUCUUACUAGAGAAAGUUUUUUCAUAAAAAUGCAAGAUAUUAUAAAAAACAUUUUCCUUACUAAAAUUAAAUAUCACAAAAUUUUGAGAAUAUAAUUCAAUGAAUUUUGAUGUGCUCUUUCAAAUAAGACUGUUCUCGAGUAAAUCCAUCUCACUAAACCGACUAACUUGUUUUAUCGAUGUGAACAUAUUUUCUGAAAAUCUUUACUUUGAAAAGUGUUCGAAAUAUAACUUACUUGCUCAUAUUUACAACGUUUCUAUCUCCAGAAUGCUGUAUUUAUCUGAAAUGAAAUUUUGAAUUUCUUCUUAACUGUGUUAGAUCUAUUUACUAUAAAAACAGCAGCCAAAUCGGUGAUAUUCAUUGCACAACGUUGCGGCGUCGCUUAGAUGCAUUGCCUCAUGAGAAUAGAAGGUAACAUACAUAACAUUGAUCUGUACAGAUUUGUUCAUUUGAAUCUAAAAGUUUUAGUAUAAUUUAUUGAAAUAUUUAGGAUUAUAUCAAAUAUUUUAGUCUUGUUUAUUCUAUGUAGCAUGAAAUUUUUCAUUUUCUUCGGUUAAUCAUAUAUAAUAUUCGCAAUCAGUUUCAAUUUUCAUGUGACUAUUUUGCACUAUAUUUUUACAUGUAAACACAUUUUUGUAUCAAUGAAAAGAUCUUGGUUACAGCGGAACGAACCUGAUACAUGAUGAUAUAGGGGUGUGGGUGUGAGACAAGAAGAUAAUACACAUGUUCAUCCGCAGUAUUUUUUAUUUUAUUGUUAUUUAAAAUUACUUAGCAUUUAAAUGAGAGUCUAUAUCAAUUCACUCAAAUAAAUGUUAUGCAUAAUGUUGUCCUAUUAAAUAAAGAGAAACGAACAUUCUAUCUAUGAGCUGAAUGAAGAGGAAAGUACAUUGGUAUAUUGAGAACAUAGUUGCAUAAAUCAUAUACACUGAUCAAAAAAGGAAAAGAAAAUAGCAAUAUGUUGAUGCAAAUGCAACAGAAAUAUAUUAUAAUAAUGCGAUUGUGAUUUAGAUAUCUCGAGAUGAAAGUCUUCGAAAGAAAUCACCAAAUAAACUGUAGUCGUAAGUUGAUCUUUUCAUGGUUUUAUUGUGUGAAUUGAUCUUACAACAACAACAUCCGAAGUUUCUUUGAGUUGAAAUGAAUUCACAUAUCCAGAAAUAGAUUUUCUAAUUGAAUUCAAUUCAUAGACGAAAGUUUCAAAAAAAAAGACAUACAUAGUUCAAAAGUUACUUUACCGAAGAAAUUGAAAAUCUCUAUCAUGGUUUGACCAAAUCAGUUAAUUUUAACCAACACUACUUUGAAAUAUUACCGUUAACUUCAACAAAGAAUUGUCGUCAUUCACAACUUAUGAAAAAGUAAUGUAAUGAUUUCUUUAGUCAAAAGUAAGCUAUACAUAUUUUUUUCUAUUGAUUUUUCACAAAAUUGUUGUUUGAUGUGAGUUUUAUAUUGCAGAUAUACUUCUUGUUACCGCUUUCUGAAAUUUUCAGCUAUAAAGAGUAAGAAUUUGUUACGAGAAUUGCAAUAUAACUUUUCUAUAAUUUUUGAAAGAUUACAGUUCUUCAUUGAAGUCAACAAUGAUACUUUGAAGCAGUAUUUAUCAAUGUUCUUCUUAUGAGUAUGACCUAUCAACACUGUUAUCAUUGCUAAAAAAACAAUCUAUUUGAUAAAAACAUGUCGGAUAUAUUCAGAUUUUUUUUUCAUCGCAAAGAGACUCUUGAAUCAUUACUUGCUGAUUUCCUUGUCUUUUCUUAUCUUCAGGCGCAUCUGAAAAAAAGAUAAAGAUUUAAUUCUGCGAUGCUUUCUUUCUAAAUCGAUGAUGUAUGAACUGGUUCUUUUCUUAUGCUUUCUUUCUCUUCCUUUCGAAGAAUAUCCUAAUGGAACAUUUUUUUCUCUCUUUCAUAUCACGUUUAUGCAUAUUUAUUUACUUUCUUUUUGUAAUAUUGAAUUCGUCGUUAUUUAGAUAUCACAGCUUUUAUUCUCUUCUUUCUAUAUUUGGUACUGAGAGAAGCAAAUGCAUUGAAACUUCCCGUCGGAUGAUAUGAGAUAGAUAAAAUGGUCGGGGUGUGGGUGUGGGUGUGGGUGUGGGUGUGCGUGUGGGUGUGCGUGUGGGUGGGUGGGUGUAGGUGUUGGUGUGUGGGUGUGGGUGUGGGUGGGGGUGGGGGGUGUGGGUGUGGGUGUGGGUGUGGGGUGUGGGUGUGGGUGUGGGUGUGGGUGUAAGUGAUUUCUUCUUCCAGCCAUAUCCACAUCCACACCUACACCCACACUCCAUACUCAUACCCCACAUCCAUACCCACACCCACACCCACACCCACACCCACAUGCACAUCCACACCCAUACCCAAAUCCACACCCUCACACCCACACCACACCCACACCCACCCACACCCUCAGUCACGUCGGAAGCCAGCUUCUUUUCGUUUUUGUUUGCUCAAAUGAAUUAAAAUGAAAUGCAACGUCCUUUCACUUUUGAUCAAGUCGGACAAAAAGUGCUGCGCAUGCAUCAGCGCCAACACUCAUUCACUGUUUACUUUCUAUUCCAUUCCGCAGUUUCAAUUCUUGCUUUCAUUUCUUUUUCACAAACUGAUUUUUGUUAGUUGUCUAUUGCAGGAAAGUUUGUUUCGUUUUUUGAAGUGAUUGGUUUUUAUUUCUCUCUUCCAACAUACACUAAAGGACAAACACCGUCACGUUUUCUUGAAAAACAUUCAUCAACUCCAAUCCGUGGUCGGCACGGUGAGCUCCAGUUUCGUUCAGUCUUUACCGGCUGUUAUUGCUUGAUAGAAUGAUUUCGUAAUAUAUAUAGAACGCUGACGUUUUCUGAAGAACGCUUUUUCCUAUUCGAAAUAGAAGCCUUAUUCAUUCACAUGUCCUUGUGGAACAGGUUAUUACGGGCUAACGACGAAGGGACACCAACUGUCCAAUCGCUUCGAAGUCGGAACUAUAUGUGUCAUGUAGACCACAAUGAGGUAUGAAAAACUCCAAAAGGAUAAAGACCCUUAGGUCUCAUGUCUAGAGUUAUAGAUAAUUUACUGGAAUUUUAUCCUCUGACAUAGUAUAUGCCAACAAAUCGAAUGACGGUACUUCGUCCUAAAAUUUUGCCCAUAGACACGUCUAUUUAUGAAUAGAGUGCCCUGAAAAUUUCAGCUCAAAGAAAUGUUUUCUUUCUGAGAAAUUAAAGUCCCAAAAAAAAGAAAAUUCUAGCAGCUGUCGUGGGACAUGAUUGUUUUUUGGGACUUUAAUAUCUCAGAAACAAAGCAUUGUUUUGAGAUGAAAUUUUCAGGGCAUUCUACUCAUAAAUAGACCUGUCUAUGGGCAAAAAUUUCAGGUCGAAAUACCGUCAUUCGAUUUAUUGGUAUAUACUAUGCCAGAGGCUAAAAUUCCAGUAAAAUAUCUGUAACUCUAGAUAUAAGACCUAAGGGCCCUUAUGAUUUUGGAGUUUUUCAUAUCUCAUUAGGGUCUACAUGACACACAUAGUUCCAACUUAAAAGCGAUUGGACAGUUGGUAUCCUUUCCUCGUAAGUUGAAUAUGCCAUAUUCAGACCCCUAGUCGAACAAGAUCCCUAAAAAGCGCGUUUAACAGCCUUGGACAAAUCCCACCACAUUAAAACGGGUGUGGGUGUGGGUGUGGGUGUG